AAAGAGCGCAGCGCUUACGCAUAUUCUGUGCGACCAGCAAAACGCGGCUGUUUCGUUGCUUCUUCAUUGAAAAGGCUCCAGAUCUGUCUAUACCUUUGACAAGAAAACUAUAAAGAUGUCGGACGACGAGGACGUACCCAUGGUGAAGAGGUCUCGCAUCUUCUAUGGGAGUCUAGAGGAGAAGGAGCGAGAACGGUUGGGCCGGGAAGGUGCCAGUGGGUCAGGGAAAGAUGGGGUCAAAGCUGGAAUCGAGGCUGGCAACAUCAACAUAUCUAGUGGUGAGGUGAUGGACAUGGAGGAGCGUGUGAGCGAGAGACAGUCAGAGGUGCUGGCUGAAUUUGAGAGGCGUAAGAGAGCAAGACAGAUCACUGUAUCCACUGACGAUGCAGAAGUCAAAGCUUGCUUACGAGCUCUCGGCGAGCCAAUCACACUCUUUGGGGAGGGGCCAGCAGACAGAAGAGAGAGAUUAAGGAACAUCCUGUCUGUGGUGGGGCCUGAUGCACUGAAGAAGUCCAAGAAGGAGGAGGAAAAAGCCAAGCGAAGCCAGGAUGAGUGUCAGCAGACGUGGUAUCACGAGGGCCCUACUACUCUGAAAGAUGCUCGACUGUGGAUCGCCCACUACUCUCUGCCCAGGGCAAUGAAACGGCUGGAAGAGGCCAGAGCUCAUAAGGAAAUCCCAGAGUCCACACGCACGGUCAAGCAACAGGAGCUCCACAAAAAUCUCAGGAAUCUAAAUAACUUCUGCAGUCAGAUUGGAGAUGACAGACCUAUUUCAUACUGUCAGUUCAGUCCCAACUCUAAACUACUCGUUACAGCCUCAUGGAGUGGCUUAUGUAAACUCUGGAAUAUCCCCGACUGCAGCUUGGUCCGCACACUAAGGGGUCAUGACACCAAUGUGGGGGCAAUCUGUUUCCACCCAAAGGCCACGCUAUCCCUGGAGGAAUCGGACAUCAACAUGGCCUCCUGUGCCGCGGAUGGAUCAGUCAAGCUGUGGAGUCUGGACAGUGAUGAGCCCGUUGCUGACAUAGAGGGGCACUCCGUUAGGGUGGCACGAGUAGCCUGGCAUCCAUCCGGACGCUUUUUGGGUACCACCUGUUAUGAUAACUCCUGGCGGCUGUGGGACUUGGAUGCACAAGAAGAAAUUCUUCACCAGGAGGGCCACAGCAAGGGUGUCCAUGACCUGCACUUCCACCCAGAUGGUUCUUUGGCAGGGACUGGUGGUUUAGACGCGUUUGGUCGUAUUUGGGACCUGCGGACUGGUCGCUGCGUCAUGUUCCUGGAGGGUCAUCUGAAGGAGAUCUACAGUAUCAACUUUUCUCCCAAUGGCUUUAACGUUGCAACAGGAAGUGGGGAUAACACCUGCAAGGUGUGGGACUUGCGUCACAGGAAGUGCAUCUACACCAUCCCUGCCCAUCAGAACCUCCUGUCUUCAGUCAAAUUCCAGCCCACUGACGGUCACUACCUGUUGACUGGUGCAUACGACAACAUGGCGAAGGUGUGGACCCACCCUGGCUGGUCUCCGCUAAAGACGUUGGCAGGUCACGAGGGCAAGGUGAUGGGUGUGGAUCUGUCUCCAGACGGCCAGUUCAUAGCAACCUGCUCCUAUGACCGCACCUUCAAACUCUGGAUGUCGGAGUAACAAAGAGUUCGAGGGACUAUGUAUGUAUGUAUGUGUGUGUGCACUUAGGAAAGUGUGUGUGUGUGUGUGUGUGUGUGGGAAAGUGACCCCCCCAAAAAAGUCUUUAUUACCAUCUUGUUGGACUGUUUGCCUGUAAGAUUCCAUGGUAACAAUCCGGAUAUGUUAUGAGCUGACCAGAAAACAUUCCUGAACUGUGAAAUUAGACCACGCAGAUUUUAUCCGCGUGGUCUAAUUUUACAAUUCAGAAAUGUUUUUUUGUGAUCGCCUCAUCGAUUCAAACAUAAUCUUGCUGACAACCAGAUCUUGCUGACAACCCUUCUGGCAAACCACACUGUAAAAAACUGAUGUGUGUGGGUUUUAUUAAUGAACAUGGAAUGUAUGGAGAAUUUGAGUGGACUAUUGUUUGUUGCCUCACAUUUGUACAUUUUUAGAAAGAUAAAAAAAGACAUGCAAGACCUGAUGAUAAUUUUAGUGAGAAGCAUGUCAGAU